AUGGCGUCCACCUGGGCACGGGUCGCGCGCCGCACGGCCGGGGCGGCGGCGUUGUCGGGCGCCGCUGUCAUGGCGUGGCCGCUGCUCUCCCGCGAGGACCACGACGGCCUGGCCGUCAUCCCCGUCGCGGACGCCAAGUCCGCCGCCAACGUCGACUACUCCUCGGCGGUCCCCGACCGCGCCAAGCAGCUCGAGACGCUGAAGCACGCGACCAAGGACAAGCCGCUGGACGUCCUGGUGAUCGGCGGCGGAGCGACCGGCGUCGGGUGCACCCUGGACGCGGCCCUGCGUGGCCUGAAGACCGGCAUGGUGGAGCGCGAAGACUUCGCCGCAGGGACGUCCUCGCGGUCGACCAAGCUGAUUCACGGCGGCGUCAGGUACCUCGAGAAGGCCGUGUUCAACCUGGACUACGGGCAGCUGAAGCUGGUCUUCGAGGCCCUGCACGAGCGCAAGGGCAUGCUCGACAACGCGCCGCACCUCACGCGCUCCCUGCCCAUCAUGACGCCCUGCUACUCCUGGUGGGAGAUCCCCUUCUACUGGUGCGGCCUGCGCCUGUACGACCUCAUCGCGGGCACCCGCGCCCUCACCUGGUCCUCGUUCGUGUCCUCCAGGGAGUCGCUGCGGCGCUUCCCGACGCUGCGCGCGGAGCACUCGGACGGGCGGUCGCUCAAGGGGACGAUCAUGUACUACGACGGGCAGUUCGACGACUCGCGGCUGGCGACGACGGUGGCGUGCUCGGCGGCGCACGCGGGCGCGGCGGUGGCCAACCACACGGAGGUGGUGUCGCUGAUCAAGACGCCCGAGGGCAAGGUGCGCGGGGCGCGGUGCCGCGACAUGUUCACGGGCAAGGAGUUCGACGUGCACGCCAAGGUGGUGAUCAACGCGUGCGGGCCGUUCGUGGACGGCAUCCGCAAGAUGUCGAACGAGAAGCGGCAGCCCAUGAUCAUGCCCUCGGCGGGCGUGCACAUCACGCUGCCGGACUACUACGCGCCGGAGGGCGGCGUGAUGGGCAUGAUCGUGCCGAAGACCAAGGACGGGCGCGUGGUGUUCAUGCUCCCGUGGCUGGACCACACCAUCGCGGGCACCACCGACUCGAGCACGGACCUGACGAUGGAGCCGCGCGCGACCGAGGAGGAGGUGGACUUCAUCCUCGACGCGCUGAGCGACUUCCUCUCCAUCGAGGUCCGCAAGAGCGACGUGCUCUCCGCGUGGAGCGGCAUCCGCCCGCUGGCGGCCGACCCCACCGCCGCCGACACGCAGAGCAUCUCGCGCGACCACGUCAUCGCCGUCGAGGACGACGACAUGGUCACCGUCGCGGGCGGCAAGUGGACCACCUACCGCCGCAUGGCCGAGGAGGGCGUCGACCGCGCCAUCGAGGUCGCGGGCCUGCAGGCCGGGUCCUCGCGCACCGACGGCCUCAAGCUGCGCGGCGCCGCGAAGUGGACGCCCGGGAACCACGCGUACGUCGCGCAGCACUACAAGGUCCCGCACCGCCCGGGCUCGAUCGACACGCACGUCGCGCUGCACCUCAGCCACGCGUACGGCGACCGCGCCAUCAUGGUCACGCGCCUCGCCGAGGAGCUCAAGCUGGGCAAGCGGCUCGUGCGCGGGCACCCGAUGCUCGAGGCCGAGGUGGUGUACUGCUGCCGGCACGAGUACUGCGAGACGGCCAAGGACUUCAUCGCGCGCCGCACGCGCAUGGCCUUCCUCGACACGCAGGCCUGCAAGGCCGCCCUGCCGCGCAUCGUCGAGCUCAUGGCCGCGGAGAAGGGCUGGGGCCGCGGGCGGAAGCAGGAGGAGAUCGACGGCGCCAUGCAGUUCCUCAAGUCGUUCGAGACCCCCGGGACCGCCAAGGACGUGUAG